AUGGACGAAAUUAAUAGCACAGAAAGUUCACAAGAAGUGUCAAAUGCUGAAUCUCCUCUUUGGCAGUAUGUGACUAAAGUAGAAAAACCAGCUGGUGCAUCUGUUAAAUCUGGUGGAAACACAUAUUUUAAGUGCAACUAUUGUGAUAUAGUUUUUAUGGGAUCCUAUUCUAGGGUUAAGGCUCAUUUAUUACAAAUUUCCGGCAAAGGUAUUAGAGCAUACCGUAAUGUGUCAAAGAGUCAUAGGUUGGAAAUGCAGCGAAUGCAUGAUCAAGUUGAGGCUAAUAAGUUAGAGCAAGAACAGAGAAGUCAAAUUCCCUUACCCCCACCUCCCCCAGGCCGUGGGAUACCUAUUUCCCCAUUUCGGAGACAAGAAGGGAGUGAUAGUAGUCAUAGUACAAAUCCGGUUGAUGCUAAGAGGAGGAAGGUGACUAUGAAUACUACUUUGGAGAAAGCAUUUCAGAAUAAUGCUAGACAUGAUUUAGAUAGUAGAAUUGCUAGGAUGUUUUACACCGGUGGGCUUCCAUUUAACUUUGCAAUGAACCCACAUUAUCGUAGUUCCUAUGCAUUUGCUGCUACUCAUAGCAUUCUGGGUUAUCUUCCUCCUGGAUACAAUGCUUUGAGAACAACACUUUUGCAAAAGGAAAGAGCUCAUGUUGAAAGACUCUUGAAACCAAUUAAGGACUCUUGGCUUGAAAACAUUAUGGUUGUAUCAGAUGGGGGUCCAGUGUUUAUAAAGGCAAUUGAUGGGUCAGGUGAGUUCAAAGAUAAGCAUUACAUUGCUGGGGUGUUGAAGGAUGCUAUAAAAAAGAUUGGACAUGAAAAAGUUGUCCAAGUCAUCACUGAUAAUGCAAAUGUGAUGAAGGCUGCUGGAGCUCUUAUUGAGGGUGAGUAUCCUAAAAUAUUUUGGACACCUUGUGUUGUCCACACUCUUAAUCUAGCUUUGAAGAAUAUUUGUGCAGCAAAAAACACUGAAAAGAAUGAAGUUACAUAUGAGGAAUGUAGUUGGAUUACACGUGUUGCUGAUAAUGCAUCCUUCAUACGUGUUUUUAUCAUGAACCAUUCUAUGAGGUUGGCAAUGUUUAAUGAAUUUUGUCCAUUAAAAUUGCUCCAAGUUGCUGAUACUAGAUUUGCUUCGGUGGUUGUAACGUUGAAAAGGUUGAAGUUGAUAAAAAGAUGCCUUCAAGCCAUGGCUAUUAGUGACCAAUGGGCUUCUUAUGGGAGGAUGACGUUGGAAAAGCUCAAAAGGUGA